UUAGAGGGACUGGCUUCAAGGUAUGCAGACCUCUUCAGAACGCAUUACGGAGACGUCCUGGAACCGCUUGAGGAGCUACGCCGCCGUGAAACAAAUGCUUCUCCCAGAAUGCCCAACACUCAACUCACUACCAGUCAUUCACAGCCCAUUUACGUGCCCGGAAAAUACUCGCCCUCGAGCUGUCUCAGCGAUAAGGAAGAGGACGAAAUCUAUGGCUUUGGAUACGGAGUAUUCAGCAGGCAGAUGCUACAGCAGCGACAACAGAAACUUGCUCUAGCCGCGCAAAACACCACCACAGUGACGCCAGGCGGACAUCAACAGCCUUAUCAAAGUUGUCUGAGCCCCAGGUCCGCGUUGUUCUACGAGUUCCCGCCUAACGAACAAGGACAAACUACAAGCAAGAAGAAAACAACGUUUUCGCGACUACUGCGUGGUCUGAAGACGCACAGGAAAGAGAAACAAGCGCAAACUCAAGGUUCCCCGAGGCACGGUCGCGCAAGAAUGGGAGUACCACAAAGAGUAAGUGUGUAUCUGUGUACAGAACCAUAA